UCCUGUUACUUAAGGAGGCAGUUUUAUCUUAAUGGGAUGCACAGGCCAGGUGAUGUGAUUUUAGGUGGUCUGUUUGAAGUCCACUACACCUCCUUCUUUCCUGAGCCGACAUUCACCUCACAGCCAAGCCAACCCAGCUGUCAAGGUUUUGACCCUUCAGGGUUCAGGCAUGCCAUGACCAUGGCCUUUGCUAUCGAUGAGAUCAACAAAAACUCCAACCUGCUUCCCAACGUGACUCUGGGGUACAGUCUGUAUGACAACUGUGCCACACUGGUGGUCGGGUUCAGUGCUGCCUUGUCAUUGGCCAGUGGAAGAGAAGAGGAGUUUGUGCUUCAGGAGGAAUGUUUAGGGAACCCUCCAGUCCUGGGGAUUGUGGGUGAUUCAUUUUCUACAUUUUCUAUCGCCACUUCUGAUGUGAUCGGUUUAUUCGGAUUACCUAUAGUGAGUUAUUUUGCCACAUGUUCCUGUUUGAGUGAUCGGCAGAGAUUUCCAUCCUUCUUCAGAACAAUCCCCAGUGAUGCUUUCCAGGUGCGUGCAAUGAUUCAGAUUCUCAAACGAUUUGGCUGGACCUGGGCAGGUCUGCUCAUCAGUGAUGAUGACUACGGGCUCAAUGUCGCUCAGUCCUUUCAGUCAGACUUAGUUCAGUCUGGUGCAGGCUGUCUGGCCUACGUAGAAAUUUUGCCUUGGGGGGACAAACCGAUGGAGCUGAGGAGGAUUGUGGAAGUGAUGAAGGCAUCCACAGCUCGUGUGGUCAUUGUGUUUGCACAUCAGAUCCACAUGAUUCAACUAAUGGAAGAAGUGGUAAGGCAAAAUGUGACAGGCCUGCAGUGGAUGGCAAGUGAAGCCUGGACAUCAGCUGCUGUGCUCCACACCCCACGUCUCAUGCCGUAUCUUGGAGGCACACUGGGAAUUGCCAUCCGACGAGGAGAGAUAGCAGGGCUCAAGGAAUUCCUCUCACAGAUAGGCACUGAUUUAAAUUUCACUGAAAGAGACAAGAAUAUAAUGGUGAGGCAGUUCUGGGAGUACACAUUUCAGUGUAGAUUUGCUCCAUCUCCUGGUUGGUUGAAGGCUGGGGGAGCACUCUGCACUGGAAAAGAAGACUUAAAAAAUGCUGAGACUGAGUAUUUGGAUGUUUCAAACCUCAGGCCUGAGUAUAAUAUUUACAAAGCUGUGUAUGCGCUGGCAUAUGCACUUGAUGACAUGCUGCGCUGUGAGCCCGGAAGAGGGCCUUUCAGCAGGAACAGCUGUGCUGCUCUGCAGAGACUGGAGGCAUGGCAGCUGAUGCACUACUUGGAAAAGGUCAACUUCACCACAUCAUUUGGUGAUCAGGUUUCAUUUGAUGAAAAUGGUAAUGCCUUGCCAAUUUAUGACAUCAUGAACUGGUUGUGGCUCUCUGAUGGAGGAACAAAACUACAGACUGUGGGUGUUGUUAGGAAGUCGACCUUCAGAGGAGAAGAGCUCACACUUCAUGAAGACAACAUCUUCUGGAACUUUGACUCCAAACAGCCACCUCGUUCAGUGUGUAGUGAAAGCUGCCCUCCAGGAACCCGCAUGGCCAGAAAAAAGGGGCAGCCUGUUUGCUGUUUUGAUUGUGUCCCUUGUUCUGAAGGAAAGUUUAGCAAUGAGACAGACUCGAUGGAGUGCACCAGUUGUCCAGAGGACUUCUGGUCCAGUCCAGAGCGUGACCACUGUGUUCCAAAGGAAACAGAGUUUCUGUCCUACCAUGAGCCUUUGGGAAUCUGCCUCACAACUGCCUCCUUACUGGGCUCAUUUCUCUGUGCUGUCGUCCUGGGGAUCUUCACCUAUCAUCGCAGCACGCCCAUGGUCCGAGCCAACAACUCAGAGUUGAGUUUCCUGCUCCUGGUGGCACUAAAACUCUGCUUCCUGUGUUCACUGCUGUUCAUUGGUCGUCCCAGUCUUUGGACAUGCCAGCUGAGACACGCAGCAUUUGGGAUCAUCUUUGUUCUUUGUGUGUCAUGUAUUUUGGUGAAAACCAUGGUGGUUCUUGCCGUGUUCAAGGCCUCCAAGCCAGGAGGGGGAGCUGUUCUCAAGUGGUUUGGUGCCAUGCAACAGCGAGGGACAGUACUGGUCCUGACUUCUGUUCAGGCAGCGAUUUGUACCGUCUGGAUCGUCUCCUCCUCACCAUCUCCUCAUAAAAACACUCAAUACUACAAUGACAAGAUAGUUUAUGAGUGUGUUGUCGGGUCCACCAUUGGUUUUGCUGUCUUGUUGGGUUAUAUUGGCUUUCUGGCUAUCCUCAGCUUCCUGUUGGCGUUUCUGGCCAGGAAUCUGCCCGACAACUUCAAUGAGGCCAAACUCAUCACUUUCAGCAUGCUGAUCUUCUGUGCUGUGUGGGUUGCCUUUGUCCCUGCUUAUGUCAACUCACCAGGGAAGUAUGCAGACGCUGUCGAGAUAUUUGCCAUCCUGGCCUCCAGUUUUGGCCUGUUGGUGGCACUGUUUGGACCCAAAUGUUACAUAAUCCUGCUGAGACCAGAGAGGAACACAAAGAAAGCAAUCAUGGGUCGAGCCAUUUAA